AUGGGUCAUGGGAGUGGGAGUAGGAGGAAGCUCUCCAGACGGAAAAGAAUGCGAAAGUGGGACGCAAAGGCAGGUGGUAUGGGUUUGGAAGAACUGGGAAAAGCAAAGGGAAUGAAACGAACCUUGGACUCUUUUGGCACUUCCCCUCGAAAUCUGCCACGUAUCGCCCUUUCGCCUCAUGACCAAAGGGAUGAACAACUAGACAGAAUCAGGACAUACGUCAUGUCGUUGAUAUGCACCAAACCCAAUAUUGACAGGUUUUACUGGGCUUCUAAGUACAUGGCCAGUGGCCACGAUAGGCUACAAUUGGCAAAAAUCGACUGA